CGUUGUGGAAUGGCCAAUUCCUAUCCAAUUUUUUCCCCAAUUUCUCAACGAUUAUCUGUUGUUCUUAAUAUAGUAAAUAGUUUAGGCUAAUUAUGUGUUUUGCUGUUAUCUGCUUUUCAGAUGUACUAAGAAGACAUGGAAAAUGAAUUUGAUUCUGUUUGCACUUGUACGAUAUUCUUCUGUGGCAGAAGGGUUUACGUAAAUCUAGACUUUUAUAGAGAAUUUUUUUGUUAAUCUCAGUCGGUCAAUCAUUAAUUGCUUAGCCUUUGGGUUGAUAAACAGUUUUGUUUUGUCAAGGAUUAACAUAAUUUAGUUGUUAAAUCCUUGCUUGCAUAUUAUGUGGCUUUUAGCAGGUGGAAUAGGUAAUACUUUAACACUAGCAUUGCUAGGUCUUUACACCAUUUUCGGUGAUCGGCAUAUUUAUGCAUAUGAUGUAUGGUAGUCUUUCUUUCUGAUGUUUUCCCAUGCUGAGGUAUAAGUUUCAGGUUGCUGAACUAUUACUUCUAUCACAUUGGGAGGAAAAAAAUGUAUUGGAGAGAAAUGUGAAUUCAUUUGAUAGGCCCAAUUUACAACCCUAUUAAGAGGAAAAGAAAGGGAUAAGACGAAAUAAAUGGAUUGCUGGACGCUCAAAGUUCUAGAGUAUAUGCAAGUGGGGAAGCAGGUGACAGCAGAAUAAGUGGAGAGGGAGGAGAGACAGCAAAGAUAACAGAAUGGACGUAUGAUCUAGAUGAAUUGGUCGAAGAGAUUAAAAAUAUCAGGCUGGAAAAAUUUAGAAGGGUGACUAAUAACGGAAAGGAGAGAGGAGAAUUAGCAAUUUGUGAUUGGUUUGGGUCGAGAGUAGAGAAGUGUUCUAUCUGAGAAUUGUGAAAUUUCUGUUUCAAUCAUUUUACAUGGAGCAUGGCUCCAUUCAAUUCCUUCAUAGCUACUGAUACUUUACCUUGUAAAGAGGACUCGUUCUCUGUACCAGAGAAGUUAUCAAUGCUCAGUUCUCGUUUUCUUCUAUUUUCUUAUUCUGCUUUUUUUUCAAUUUAGUAUCAAAGCUCCCAAGAGAGUGGUAUCUGCUCUAAUGGCCAAAAAGAUUAGAUGAUCUGUUUGCUAUUAUCAGCUCUUCGAAAGAAGACUCAAGAACUUCAAAGGAACUUGCAGAUGUUGGAGAAAAUAUGCAUGACUCAUGACCAUUGUGUUGAGAAGUAUGACGCUGGAUCUCUUUACUGUAUUGCUUCAAAAGUUGUCAACCAGUCAAUUGAAAUUGCUGAUUUGAUCAGGGAGAAUGGGCAACAAAUCGAACAAGACAGAGAAGAUAAUGAUCCAUUAAUCUAUUUCCCUAGACUCCCUAACUUGAAGCGAAUUUCUUACCAGAUGAUUUGCACGGGUCGUGGAGAGCAAUAUGCGCAUCAGACAACAAUGUUGAUCCUUGAACAGCUGAGAGAGUAUUCCUGGGAUGCAAAAGCGGUGAUAGCUCUGGCGGCGUUUGCUCUUGAGUAUGGCAAGUUUUGGCAACUUGCCCCCAUUCCACGUGACAAACUUGGAAAAUCAUUGGCAGAGUUGAAUGGACUUCAUAGCAUCGUGGAAAACAUGCAGCAACUAGAUAACUUCAACACUUUGGUGAAGAAGGUGAUGCAAGUAGUUAAAUGCAUCACUGAUUGGAAGAAACUCAUUACUGCACAGUAUAACAUAAACGAUGUUCCUUCUUUGACCGACACUUUGCAUGAGAUUCCUAUUCUUGCGUACUGGACCAUUAUCACCUUGGUCACUUGUACUAGCCACAUUGAUUUCUUGUGUGACAAGGGAUACAGAUAUGACUUGUCUAAAUUUGACUAUAAGUUGGACUACAUUCUCAAAAAUUUCAAGGAGCAUCAGGAGAAGUGCAACACACAGAUAGGGCGAAUAGAAGAUUACUCAAAGCGGAAGGAUAUUAUAAACAAUUUCACUGAAACUGACAUUGUAAAAUAUUUGGAAGCUCUUAUUAUCCCCACUGAUCCUCAAGAUCCAAGACCAGUAGUGUAUAAUGUUCUUACCCAAAAAGAGGUUGGAAUUGGAGUGUUCAAGAACAAAUAUGUGUUGUUGUUCAUUUCGGGCACUGACAACAUUGAAUAUGAGAGUCAGCUUUUGAUAUCAAUUGAUGGGAAAUUGAGGGAAGGGCCUAAAGAGGUAGAAGGUUACAGAAAAGAGGAUUUCAGUAUUUUGUGGAUCCCCAUUGUGAGAGUUUGGGAUGAAGAGCAAAGGAAAAAGGUAGAAAAUAUUUGUGAGGUUGGGUGGUAUGUGGUGAAGGAAUUCAAUUUCCAAACAGGUAUUGAUCUUAUCAAAGAGGUAUUCAAGUACAAGGGUAACCCCAUUAUCUUGCUCAUUAGCCCUCAGGGUAAAGUGGAAAACCCUGAUGCAAAACAAAUUAUUUCAACAUGGGGGAUUGAGGGAUUCCCUUUCAGAACCUCUGACCAUACUCGACUUACUCAACAAUGGAACUGGUUUUGGACUGAAAUGAAGAACCUCAGUUCAACAAUAAGGGAAUUGAUGAACAGGGAGUGUUACAUCUUCAUUUAUGGAGGUACCAACAACACCAAGUGGAUUAAAGAUUUUAGCACAGCCGUGGAGAAAUUGAAAAGUAAUGCAAUUUUCAACCUAUUGGAAACCUCAAUUGAGUCCUAUCUAUUGGGAAGAGAGAACCCUAAGAACAUUACACGCUUCUGGAUCGCCAUAGACAACAUGCUUGCUAGCAGGAAACGAAUAAAGAAGGGUGGUGAAGUGGAAGACUCCACAACAAGAGAGAUUAAGAAUUUGUUGUCCCUCAAACAAGAUCCUAAUGGAUGGGCCAUUCUUACAAAAGGGUCUCACGUCAAGCUUCUGGGUCUUGGUGAGCCCAUGCUUAGAACAGUGAUGGACUUCGAAAUUUGGAAAGAGAAAUUGGAUCAUGAAGUGAGCUUCGAUGAAGCUUUCAAGGACUACUAUGAUAAAUGUGAGGGUAAGAAUGUUGCUACAAAUUGUGAUAGGGAGAUUGCUAAUUACCCCACCGAUAGUUUAGCUCAAUUACCAUGUCCAAAUAAGUGUGGAGAUGAAAAGGAAGUAGCUUCUGUUAAACAUGGCUAUAAAAUCAGGAAAAAGGUUGUAAAACCAGAGAGAAAACAAAGAAAAAAGUAUUAAUUUUGAAGUUGCACAAUUGUAGAAGGGACACAAAAGUUUACAGCAAUAUUCUGAGUGCAGUAAGUGCAGUGAGUGCAGUAGUU